AACGACCCAUCACUACGAGUGCCAAAAGACAUGGAGUGGUGAGAUGUGAAUACAGUUUUUUUUUUACAUAUUGAAGCAAAUAUUUUUCAAUUUUUGGACAUACGCUUGAAUUGUUCGAUCGUCUAGAAUUUUCGAUAUUUUUUUCUUUUUCAUUUGGUAGUGAAACAUGACUAUCGAGUCAUUUCAGCGGUUUGUUGAAACUUUUAUCCCAAGUGCCUGCGUGCCGGUAGAUUUGGUGAAAAUUGCUAGGAACGUAUUACUGUCAAAUGUUGGCCCACGAGUGGAACACGAUUUCAGGUAUCAACCUCCUGAAAUUAUUCCUAGUCCAUUUUGUCUUGUAAUGGACGGUGAAUGUUGUUUGGAUAGACUUUAUGGAGGUUAUUUUGGCGAUUGGGUGUGUGGAGGACAAUGGAAUCGAAUGGUUGAUUUUCUCCGGACGUUUUUCCAAGUUGUAAAUAAGCGUAACAUUGAAAUUACUGUAUUUUUCAAUGGUGCUUUAGAACCACAUCGGAUGAACAACUGGGUCGAAAAGCAAAAAUCUGAAAAAGAAAAAAUCACCCAAGUCUUAAGACAUACUGCAUGCAAGGGUACGCCACCUCCGAAAGUUUGGUGGGUUGCCCCAAAUGGACUCCGCACAUGUUUGAGAAUAUUAUUGCGCCACUUGAAAGUAAAUGUUGUAUUGACCACCGGUGAUCAUCAUCAAGAAGUUAUGUCAUAUUUGAAGAAGUACAAUUAUCAUGGGUUGCUGGCUGAUGACCCUGAAUAUAUAAUUUUUGAUCCACCUCGGUAUUUCUCAUCUGUGCAGUUAAAGCUUACAUUCAAGGGUUGCUUGGAAACAAAAGAAUAUAUUUUGAAUGAAGUGACGAGAUGCUUAAAUUUACACCCUAGUCGAAUAUGCAUAGUAGCAGCUCUUCUUGGUAAUCACAUACUUAGUGAAGCAGAUCUAGCCUCAUUUCAUCGUUCAUUAUGUCCCGACACUAAAGGAAAAGUUUCUUCAAAUACAUUGAUUAAAGCAGUCGUAGAUUUUGUUAGAAACUUACCAUCUGUUGAUGAUCUAAAUGAUGUUGCAUGGCAAGUUUUUGGAUCAAAUAAUGAUGAAAGAUGUGAAAAAUUCAAGCAGUGUGUUCUUUAUUAUUCCAGAGAUAACCGGAAUUUUGGGGCUCAGUUAUCUAAUUCAUUAAAUGCUGCAUCAUCACUGGGAAAUUCAAAUGUUUUAUCUGAUGUGGACAAUGCUAAUGGACGAAACAGUGUUGGAAAUCGAGCUGCUAAAGCUAAUAAAUCCCCUUUGCUUCCAACACCAAAAUAUCCUCCUGUUUCAAGCGAUGGAUCUCAUUUCCAUGAGGAUGAAAGAGGUGUUAAGAAUUCCCUAAUAAGCGAUUCUUGUUCAGAUGCUUUGUCAAUUAAAGAUAAUGAAUCUUUGUCAUGCCGAUCAAAAUUUGCCUCAGAAACAGAUGAGAGUGAAAUAUCUAGUCUCCAGUCCAUUCGCGAAGUUCUUGGGAAAGCUAAGCAUGGAGCCUUUUAUCAGUUACUCUCCAGUCAAGAAAAUUCUGAAAAUUCCAAUUUCAGUUUAUCAGAUUCGCAUACAAAUCACAAAGAUGACUUAUUUCAAAAUUCAUUGGAUAUUUCAAGACUUGAAUCUGCUGUAGACACUUUAUCACUUAAACAAAAUAAUGAAAAAGUGAAGAAAUCCAUAAACCCAGACGUUUCUUCGCUUCCCAAAGUGUCUACAGAAGUUUUACGCAUGUCCCGGGAAAGACAUCAAAAAGGCCUUAUGCAUCCCUAUAUAUUUCAGAUAUUAUCUGAGGGUGAAAUAAGAAUUCCUGUGACCUUUGAAGAUGAUACUGGUAGGGAACUUCCAUCUCCCAGUCUCCUGUACCGACCAUUACGCCAAAUGAUCUAUGCUCUCCUCUUUAACCAACAUCAUCUUCAGUAUUUAGCUGAACAAAAGAAAGAAAAAGAAGGCAUUGAAGAAAAAGUGCCUGAUAUUGUAAUUAAAGAAUGGGUAUGGUCCAAAUCCAAUAAAUAUAACAAACCUGAUUUUGUGCCUUCUAUGCCUUUGGGUUGGCCAGUUCCAACAGUAACUCGUUUAUGGUUUGGUUCCGGUCCUGAUGAUAAUAAGAAACGUUUGCAAGCAUUCCUGACCAUUAUGCGCAGUAACACUCCUUUGAUGUAUGAUGUACUUUAUGUUCCUCAGCAUUUAAUUAUCCUUUGUUGUGUUUUAAGAUAUCUACUGACUAGUCCUGAAGCACCAUUUCUUUAUAAACAUGAAUUGGAUGCUUUUCUUGUUCAAGCAGUUGAUCUUCACCUAAUGGAUACAGAAUAUACACAGAAGUUAGAGGUUCCUCUGAUUACUCCUCGUGGAAUAAUGCUUGCUUCUAUAUUCAUGAAUGGAGUAGAUCAUGCUAUUAUGGCCAACGAUGCUUGCGGUGCUCCUAUAUCAUGGUUGAUGUGUUGUCCUUGGUUAUUUUUUGAUGGGAAAAUAUUUCACCGUAAAUUGCUCAAGGCUAACAUUGCCAAAAAUCUAGUGGAUCUCUGUGAUAACCGACUUGAGGAAGUAAAUGCUGUGGAUCAUAUGCGAAAUGCUAUAGUUGAAGGACUUUCCGUUAAAUUUCUAUCUCCAAUUCCACCUACACAUAGACCACCUCAUCCAUCAUUCCCAAACUAUCCUGUUCCUCUUCAGCCUCCUAUGCCACAAGGACGUGGUAGAGGCCAUCAACGAGUUGUACCUCGUGGUGGGCAGCUGGAAGUUGCAGGAGUUGUGGUUGGUAGUUGGGGUCCUAAUUAUGGUCAAGGUCCCAGAUCACCCAGCCGUAGCAUACCACCACAAAUUGUAUCUGUUGGAGGAGCUGGAAGAGGUCGUGCUGUGGUAAAUAAUGCAACUCGAAGAGGUUUCCCAGCUGUUAGAGGAUCUCCGCCGCCUGGAAGACAAACUUCAUCACCAACCACAGUCAAUAAGAGUCCACCUGUAUCACGUUUAGGAAUAGGUCGGGGUCUAUCGCCUUUAGAUAAUUCUAAAAUUACUGCUGCAACCUUGGGUUUUGAUCUGUGAGAUGAACAAGUGUGUGUUGGGCAGUCAUUGGCAAGAUUACACCAUGCUGUGUUGUGAAGAUAAGAACAAAUCUUAGUUAAAGAAGAGUGGUGGAAAAUACUAGAUAUUAAUAUAAGGCCCUGAUAUGUAUGGCUAAAGAAUGUAGUUUGGCUGUUAUGCAGUGAAUCUACAGUGUUAGUUAAUACUGCAGUGGUUAGUGAUGAUCCCUCCCCCUUGAAAACAUUUUCUAGUAAUAUCUUUUUAUAAUUCUAUGAAUUGAGCAUCCAGUCGCUUUAAAUCUUAAAAACCUCAUUUUCAAUCUGUGGCAAAUAUCCAAGGUAUAGCAAAGUCCUGUAUUUACAGAGUAAAUUAAAACCUAUUUUUCUAAAUAUAUGUUGGGAUUGGUGAUAGGUGAGAAUCCUCCUUUUCUAAAGUGGUUAAUGGAAUGCAGACCCUCACCAUCCUAUAGUGAGUGCUGUCAUACCACUGCAUAGUUUAAUACUUUGAAUUUUAAUUUAUGGCAAAGAGUUAUAGGUACUCUUAACUGUUUUUAAUUGUCAUCUGUUUCUUAUGCAUUUUUUAUUUAGUCAUAUGUCACUGCAAGUAAAUGUUUUGAUGUACUUGAUUCUCAUGGUGUGUGUCUUCUAGAGGCUUAUAAUUUGUUUUACUGUAGAAUUUGUACCAUAAAUUCUAAUCAAAAAAAUGUAAUGCAAAUUAAAAAGUGAACACCUGUAAA